CAGGAAAUCCACGGAGGUUGAGUUUUAUGCUUCUGCUGUUUAAGAACUACCUUCAGAGGUUUUGUGAAGCUGGAAGGAUCGAAAGCCAGUCUUACAGGUUUUCUGCGUGAAGAAUGUGACGACUCUUGGUAGUGUGAACUGUUGAUACAGGUGACGCCCAAAGAUACAAGAGAACAUGUUCCGACUGUUGACGUUAACUGUGGUGAUCUAUGAAAUUCUGCUGUUCGGAGGCGUGCAAGGUUGGGUCUACCAUCACCACGAUAUUACCAUGGUGUGGGAAAAUGCUAGGAACUACUGUAAAGAACAUUACACUGACAUGGUGGCAAUACAGAAUAUGGAAGAAAAUGAUUACCUGAUGGAAUAUUUGCCAAAGGGAUACGCACAAGUCUGGAUUGGUUUGAGGAUGAUAAACAACAGCUGGACCUGGAUUGGAACGAACCGGAAACUGGAGAAUGUGGCUAUGAACUGGGCUCCUGGAGAGCCAAGCAAUGGAAAGAAUAAUGAAGACUGUGUGGGGAUGUAUAUCCAGGCGGCAGCAAAUUCAGGAAAGUGGAGCGAUGAACCUUGCAUGGAUAUGAAAAGACCACUGUGUUUCCAAGCUUCAUGCACUCCAGACUCUUGCAAUGGUCAUGGUGAAUGUGUGGAAAGAAUUGGUGAAUUUACAUGUGCUUGUAACGAAGGAUUCUCUGGAGUUCGAUGUGAAAAAGUUCUUCCGUGCCUCAUACUGGAGGCUCGUGAUCCAGUCAUUAUGAACUGUUCUCAUCCUUACAAGAAUUUCAGCUACAACUCUAUGUGUGACUUUAGCUGUGCAGAAGGAUUUCUGUUACAAGGAGAAAGAAGGGUGCAAUGCACAGCUUCUGCAGAGUGGACUAAAGACAUACCUAAGUGCGAAGCUGUCGGUUGCAGAAGAUUGGAGUUUUCUCGAAAGGAUUCCAUGAAAUGCUCUGGUCCAAAUGGACAAUUCAGAUACAAUGCAACCUGCACCUUUGGCUGUAGAGAAGGAUAUGCGCUGAGAGGAUCAGAGAGCCUCCAAUGUUUAGCGUCUGGACAAUGGACAGGGCCUGUCGUCCGUUGCACAGUCCAACAAUGUGAAACCUUGGUAAUUCCUGAGCACGGCAACAUGAGUUGCAUUCAUCCCAUUGCAAAGUUCAAAUACAACUCAACGUGUGACUUUAGCUGCUCUGAAGGAUUUGCAUUAAAUGGACUGAGCAGGCUCCAGUGUAAGGAUCUUGAACAGUGGUCAGCACAACCUCCGACAUGUGAAGCGGUGAAAUGCAGUGAACUUACGGCCCCGCCUAAUCUCAUCAUGGACUGUUCUGGCCCUUUUAGACCUUUUAGUUACAGCUCAAUAUGUGACUUCUCCUGCAAGGAUGGAUUUAACUUGCAGGGGUCAGACAGACUCCAGUGUGACGUUUCUGGGCAAUGGACAUCAAAGAUACCCAUCUGUAAAGCUGUUCAGUGUAUGCCACUGAAUAUUCCUCAUCGGGGUAACAUGAACUGCCAACAUAUGUACGGCAACAACAGUUACAAUGCAACAUGCGUCUUCAGCUGCACUGAGGGAUUUGUACUACACGGGUCCAACGAUCUUCAAUGCCAAGCAUCCAGGCAAUGGACAGCAGAGGUUCCUAGUUGUGAAGCUACAAAUUGCACAACACUGGUGAAUCCUGAGCAAGGGACUGUAAACUGCUCCCAUCCUUUUGGAAACUUCCGUUACAAUGCAACAUGCGACGUCAUCUGUGAAAAGGGGUUUAUAGUAAAUGGAUCAGGCACCGUUCAGUGUGGAGCCUCUGGACAAUGGACACCACAAAUACCCUCCUGUAAAGCCAUGAAAUGUGACAUGCUGAGGAGUCCAGAGAGAGGAAGCUACAACUGCACCGAUCCCAUCGAUGACUUCAGUUACAACUCAUCCUGUGAUUUUAGCUGUGCUGAGGGUUUUACUUUAAUGGGAUCGGACAGACUUGAAUGUGGAGCUUCUGGACAAUGGACAGCACCACCACCAACAUGUUCAGUUAUAACCUGCCAGACAAUAACACAGCCAGAACAAGGGAUGAUAAACUGCACCCAUCCCAUUGGAAACUUCAGUUAUAGCUCAACAUGCAGCUUUGGCUGUGCAAAAGGGUUUGUACUGCAGGGAUCAGAUGUGCUUAAGUGUGAAUCCAGUGGACAAUGGACAGCAGAUACUCCCAGCUGUAAAGCUGUAACUUGUCAGACACUGACACACGCUGCAAAAGGAGCAAUGAACUGCUCGCAUCCUUUUGGAAACUUCAGUUAUAGCUCAACGUGUGACUUUAGCUGUAUGGAAGGCUUUGCAUUGAACGGGUCAGAACGGCUCCAGUGUCAAGAUAAUGGGCAAUGGACUGCACAAACCCCCAACUGUGAAGUUAUUAUCUGUGAGAAACUGGUGCAACCUGAACAAGGAACAAUAAACUGUUCCCAUCCCAUUGGAUUCUUUAGUUACAGCUCAACAUGUGAGUUCAGCUGUGCAGAUGGGUUUCUACUGAAUGGGUCAGAUUGGUUACGUUGUCAAGCCACUGGGCAGUGGUCAGCACAAAACCCCGUUUGCAAAGCCAUAAAAUGUCAAGAUCUAAUAAACCUUGAACAAGUGUCAAUGAACUGCUCCAAUCCCAUUGAAGAAUUCAGUUACAACUCAACGUGUUACUUUAGUUGUAUUGAUGGUUUUAUACUAAAUGGGUCAAAUAGACUCCAGUGUCAAGCUAAUGGACAGUGGACAGCACAGAUUCCCAACUGUGAAGCUAUAAACUGUCGCAAGUUGACAGAGCCAGUAAAAGGGGUAAUGAACUGCUCCCAUCCAAUUAGAGACUUCAGUUAUAGAUCAACAUGUGACUUUAGCUGCUCUAAAGGGUUUAUACUGAAUGGGACAGACCAGCUCCAGUGUCUAGCCACUGGCCAAUGGACAGCACCAAGCCCCAACUGUAAAGCUAUAAAUUGUCCAACACUCGUAAACCUUGACCAAGGCUCAAUGAAUUGUUCCCAUCCCAUUGACGAAUUCAGUUACAACGCAACAUGUGACUUUAGCUGCUCUGAUGGGUUUAUACUGAGAGGGUCAAACAGACUUCAGUGUCGAGCCAAUGGACAGUGGACAGCAGAGAUGCCCACCUGUAAAGCUAUAAACUGCAGUAUGUUGACAGAGCCAGUAAAAGGGGUAAUGAACUGCUCCCAUCCAAUUAGAGACUUCAGUUAUAGAUCAACAUGUGACUUUAGCUGCUCUAAAGGGUUUAUACUGAAUGGGACAGACCAGCUCCAGUGUCAAGCCACUGGCCAAUGGACAGCACCAAGCCCCAACUGUGAAGCCAUUAAUUGUCCAGCACUCGUAAACCUUGACCAAGGCUCAGUGAACUGUUCCCAUCCCAUUGACGAAUUCAGUUACAACGCAACAUGUGACUUUAGCUGCUCUGAUGGGUUUAUACUGAGAGGGUCAAACAGACUUCAGUGUCGAGCCAAUGGACAGUGGACGGCAGAGAUGCCCAUCUGUAAAGCUGUAAACUGCAGUAUGUUGACAGAGCCAGUAAAAGGGGUAAUGAACUGCUCCCAUCCAAUUAGAGACUUCAGUUAUAGAUCAACAUGUGACUUUAGCUGCUCUAAAGGGUUUAUACUGAAUGGGACAGACCAGCUCCAGUGUCAAGCCACUGGCCAAUGGACAGCACCAAGCCCCAACUGUAAAGCCAUAAAUUGUUCAGCACUCGUAAACCUUGACCAAGGCUCAAUGAACUGUUCCCAUCCCAUUGACGAAUUCAGUUACAACUCAACAUGUGACUUUAGCUGCUCUGAUGGGUUUAUACUGAGAGGGUCAAACAGACUUCAGUGUCGAGCCAAUGGACAGUGGACAGCAGAGAUGCCCAUCUGUAAAGCUAUAAACUGCAGUAUGUUGACAGAGCCAGUAAAAGGGGUAAUGAACUGCUCCCAUCCAAUUAGAGACUUCAGUUAUAGAUCAACAUGUGACUUUAGCUGCUCUAAAGGGUUUAUACUGAAUGGGACAGACCAGCUCCAGUGUCAAGCCACUGGCCAAUGGACAGCACCAAGCCCCAACUGUAAAGCCAUAAAUUGUUCAGCACUCGUAAACCUUGACCAAGGCUCAAUGAACUGUUCCCAUCCCAUUGACGAAUUCAGUUACAACGCAACAUGUGACUUUAGCUGCUCUGAUGGGUUUAUACUGAGAGGGUCAAACAGACUUCAGUGUCGAGCCAAUGGACAGUGGACAGCAGAGAUGCCCACCUGUAAAGGUAAUAAGGAGAAUCACACAAAAUAUCUUUAUACAAAAUAGCUAAUUUUAAAAUGAUGAAGU